CACCAGCCGCGUAUUAGUUGAUCGAUUGACUGAAGCUUGAGGAAGCUUUAACUUACAUCUUCAACUUUUAACAUUUACAACUAACGACGACCCAAACGUAAAAACAACACCAAUUCCGAAUUAAUACCCACUGAAUCCUCUUCUCCCAUACAUACCACCAACAAACUACAAAAAGGAGAACCCCGAAGAAAAGAAAAUACCAUGAACGUCGACACUAUCGCCGACUUCUUAGCCGAUCAGCGGGAUGAAACCCCGGACGAGCUACAAUACCUCAUCAUCCAGUUCGAAAACUACUGGGAGCGCAAGCUAUGGCACCAGCUUACAGAUGCCUUAAUCGAGUUUUUCGCCAACCCUAAGAGCGAGUCGCAGCGACUCAAGUUCUACAAGGUCUUCAUAUUAAAGUUCGCUGAUAAAAUCAACCAACUUAAGCUUGUCGACCUAGGACUGAAAGCCGCUACUCAGUGCAAAGAUAACGACGAGCGCCUUAGCUUCCUAACGGACCUCGCUAAGAAGGUCGACAACGAAAACUCCCAGGAUGCUUUCGUCUACGCCACCGCCGCGGUCGCCCGAGUCGAACUAGACCUGCGAGACCUAGAUUCCUCACGACGAGAUCUCGACAAGGCCGAGCGCAUCCUCGACUCUUUCGACAGCGUAGAAACGAAGGUCCACGCCGCCUUCUACCAAGUAAACGCUGAUUACUACCAAGCCAAGGCUGACUUUGCCUCUUACUAUCGCAACGCCCUCUUAUACCUCGCUUGCAUCGAUCUAUCAUCCCUUUCCCCUGACGAGCGCAAGGCCCGCGCCUACGACCUGGGCAUUGCCGCACUAGUCUCUGACUCCAUUUAUAACUUUGGCGAACUAUUACAACACCCUAUUCUCGCCGCCCUGACCGGUGAGGUCUCAUGGUUGCGCGAUCUACUACUGGCCUUCAACCGGGGUGAUCUGACUGCAUUCGAUGUGCUGUCCGGCCACAUCGCUGGUAACCCCUUGCUCAAGGAGCACGUCGAUGAUAUCCGCCAAAAGAUCUACCUUGCCGCCUUGACGGAAAGCGUCUUCCGCCGACCACCACACCAACGUGCCAUGAGCUUCAACACCAUCUCCGCCGAUACCAAGGUCCGAAAGGAUGAAAUUGAGCACCUAGUAAUGAAGGCUUUGAGUUUGGGAUUGGUACGUGGCACUAUUGAUGAGGUGGACGAAUUGGUCAACUUCACCUGGGUCCAACCUCGUAUUCUCGAUAUGGCUCAAAUUGCUAGCAUGAGCCAGCGACUUGGUGAAUGGGGCGAGAAUGUGAACAAAUUGGGUAACUGGAUCGAGGCUACGGGCCAAGAUAUUUGGGCUCCUUAAUCUUGUCUAGGUGUUUAUUCGUGAUUAUCUGCAAUGGCGUCUCCUAAUAGGAGAAGAAAUGGAGUUACGAAUGCUUUAUGAUAGGCAAGGACUCGGAGAAGGAAGGAAAAUAAGAGGUAGUCGAUAGCUAAGCUGCCUUCUAUCCAAAUACGAGAGGGUCUAGAGCCUUGUAUGAUAGAUACCUACUAAUAGACGCCAUGGCGGUCCCUACAAGAGGACCGAAAUGAAAAUCCAUCUGCUAUAGUAGUUAUUCUUCCGAGUCCACCAAGGGGGUUACUUGCUCGCCUUCCCGGGUACUAAAUAUACUUUCCCGAUACCGAAUAUUUCGAUAU